CAUACGCUGUACUGUCUUUCCUCUCCCUCUCCAUUCUUGCGAUCGUAGAUCGCUGUAUUCUACGUUCACCGCCGUUCGCCGUUCUCUCCGAUCUCCGUCGCCGUUCGUCAUUCUCUCCUCCCUCUCACUGUUAUAUCAUGGAUGGCGCUAGUAUUGAUCCGGGGCCUACUGACGGCUCCUUACUUGUGCUACAGAAACAACACCGUUCUCGUGCUGUAUGGGAAGGCUAUGGGGAUUCUAAAGUUGAAAAUGCCACGUUGAUAUGUCGUCGCAAUGAUAACAAUUUACGACAAUUGGGGCGGCCUUCACCCCGCAUUGUUGAGUUAAUAUACCAAGCUGGUUUUGGUGGAAUUUUGGAGAUGCCAUUUAUAACUUUCGACCGUGCUUUCAUCACCGCACUCAUUGAGCGUUGGCGGCCAGAGACUCACACAUUCCAUUUGCGUUCAGGCGAGUCCACUGUAACCCUACAGGAUGUGGAAAUAAUUACCGGUCUCGCAGUUGAUGGUAGACCGGUUACUGGGGACUCAAGAUUUGACAAAGAUAAGAAAAAAGAAUUAUGCGAACGUCUACUAGGGUUGGAUCCACCGGGAGAAGUUAUGAGUGGGUUUAAGGUUAGUUGGAAAUGGUUGCGUGAUAACUUUAACGGAAAGGUCGAGGAGGGAGAUGACGAAGUCACGGUAUUGAGGAAAGCUCGGGGUUACAUUCUACAACUUAUAGGUGGCAUAGUUUUGCCAGACCAAUCUAGUUCCCAUGUCCACCUAAACUUCUUGUCUUUGCUUGAUGACCUUCAACUUGCUGGUACUUACAGUUGGGGGAGCGCUUGCCUAGCCACCCUUUACCAUUACCUAGACUUUGGCUCUACUGUUGGAUCGAAAGACUUGGGGGGGAUGUUCAUACUCUUGCAAGUUUGGGGUUGGGAGCGCUUUCCUUUCCUUGCCCCCGCACGUAAUGGGAAGCGGGUCAUUCGUCGUGAUUCUCCUCUUAGUGGACGGUGGGACGAUGAAUUUCACUCUCCGAAUUUGCCGACCCAUGUUGUUGGACAUUACCGGUUCUCUUUAGACGUGCAGAGGCCAGACGAGGUGGUGUGGCAGCCGUACACUGAGGACUUGAUCCAAUCUUUGCCAAGAUUUUGUAGUGCUGGAAGAGGUGUUUGGAUGGCAAGUGUCCCACUCAUCCAGUUUUCUCAUGUUGAGCAGCACCAGCCAGAGCGAGUGUUGCUUCAGUUUGGAGGGAGACAAACCAUCCCCCCCCCCCCCCCCCCCUCUAAGUCUCUAGGGGAGUUUCACGGUAUGGAUCUUAGGAAUGGUGUGAAGAAUUGGAGCAAGCCGAUACGUUUGUGGAAUGAUAGGGCCAACAGUAUUGUAAACAUUACCAAUCCUGACAUGCUUGUCUACCCCGCUAACGACCCGUACCUAGAUUGGUACGAAAGGAUUACCUUACGUUUUGUUAGUAAGAUGGGUGCAGCUACAAACAUAGCGAUGCAAUUGUUUGAGAGGCUUUCUAUGCCAAACCUCUCUGCUGAGACGGUUCAGGCAAUGGCACAGAAAGGAGUCGAGUGCUUGAAAUUCCAAGAGAAGUUAUUCCGAAAGAUAGCUCCUGAGCAUAAGAUAUGGGAUCCACAAGUACAGGAGGAAUUUGAUGAGGACUAUUACCAUAUGGACCCCCAUUUACAAGCAGAAGCAGGGGUCCACCAACAGAACCAGCCUCUACCGCAGCACCAGCCUCAGGGUCCUCCCGAAGAUACUCACGCAGAAUACCAAUUCGAGGAACCCAUUGCAACAAGUAGUUCAGGAGGACCAGUGCACCCUUCUGAGCUUUCCACUCCUUUCAGUUCAGCUGUAUUAAAUAUGGAUGGGGUCUCGAUGAGUCCAUUACUUAACUACUCACCAACGGCAGGGGCAGGGGGUUCACAAUUGCAAACUCCUUCUGACUUUGAUUGGGCCAACAUGCAGAUAUCCGCUGUUGGUGGUGGAGAGACCAUUUCUGAGUGUAGGUCGCUUUUGAAGAGGAAAAUGAUGGUAGAGUCGCAGCAUGGGAAUUCACUAGGUCAAGUCACACAGCUUACAGAGACAGUAAUUCAGUCCGAGGAGACACCAGAGGAGGAGGGGGGAGAGGAGGUGGAGGAGGAGGAGGAAGUUGACAUGGAAGGUGGAGGUCAUGUUACCCCAGAUGGGCCGCGUAGGACUACGCGUGUCUCUAGGCCUCCUCGUUGUGGUACUGGAGGACAUCUUCACAAGAAGCAUGGGGGCACUAACCACGAGAAGGUCGUUGAUGCUACAAGGGGUAGAGGUGGGGGUAGAGGAUUAGCACAACCCGGCGUGGGUUUUGAUUGUGGAAUUUUUAUAAUUGUAAUGGAAAAAUCAGUUUUUGUCCCAAAGUUGAUGGUUUGUCAAUUCUGGAAAUCUGGGCAGUUGCAUGUUGCUGGGCAUGUUAUUGUGGGGUCAUUUAUUAAUUGGUUGGUUCAUGGGAUUUGUUGUAUAAAAGGGAUCCUCUCAUCCAGUAAUCAGAAUUCGAAAUUUAUUUUCAUUACUCGCAAAAAGAUGAACAGUUCUCCUAAUGAACGUAUAAUGUGUGUACAUGUCGGUGGUCAGGAAGAUUGCCGAGUACGGUGA